AUGAGUUACCCCCGUUGCCUUUUAUUUGAUACAUUAGCAAUUAUUAUUUUUAAAUGCUGGCCCCAAACCCAUAGAGAUUUUAUUUGAUUAAAUAGAUUAAUUAUUGCCUUUAUUUUUGAGUCGUGCCCUGACAUUUUAAUUUAAGCAUUGCUUUUUUAUUGAGUUGAUAAACAAUAUAUAAAAUAAAUUGGCUCUUAAUAUUGUCAUGAAGUUGCCUAUUAUUACUUUCUGAGCUGUUUAAUUAUUUUUUUUUUUCGUAAUUUCAUAAAUAUAAGACAUAAUAAUGUAUAAGUUUUAUUAUUGCUAAAAGAAGGUGUAUUAAAACCGUGUGUCUUUGUUUCUUGAAAUUAUAUAUUUAAAAGUUAAAUUGUUAUACAUUAAAAUUUACAAAAUAUGUUAUAAUUUUUCUGAAAAGGGGCAACAAAAACAGUUUUAAGACUUGUGAUUUUAAUUUAAUUUGUAAGUACUUGAUUAAAGCCUUUUACUUAAAAUACAUUUUUGUUUUCUUUACUUACGAAGCUAAUAAUUUUAAAUACAUUUUAAAGAGUUUGUUAAACAAUUAAAAUAUUAAGUCUAAAAAUCGUAUCAAUCAAAAUUACAUCAAAAUCUGAAUUAUAAACGGGAACACGCUAAGUUUUGUAGCGCAGUAUUUUUGCAGUAUAUUUAUUAAGCGUAAUCAAUGGGGGAUUUGUACCCUAUCCACUUCUGGCCAUACUGCCAUACAAAAGCGAAUUAGCAAAAACAUUGCAAAGCGAAAACGCCCCAAAAACAAUGACUGUGAAGGCAAUUAGAUAGUUUUAAAACUUACCAAGAUGAGCAAACACAUCUGCACCCGCUGGGCCUUUGACCUGGGCAGCUGGAAGCCCACACUUCCUCAACUGAGUCAAGCGGUGGCCUCAAUUCAGCCGGAGGAACGUGUCCGUCUCAUGAAGUUCCACUUCAUUGAUGACUUUCUGUCCUCGCUAAUUGGCCGUCUAUUGAUGCGAAAAUAUGUGAGCACAUGCAGCGGAUUGCCGCACCACCAAGUCAAGUUCGCCCGGGAUGUGAGAGGAAAACCCUACUGGGUGAGGGAGGAUUAUGCCGGGCCACCUCUCAGCUUUAAUGUCUCACAUCAGGGCAGCUUAGUGCUCCUGGCGGGGAUUACGGGAGAUAGCAGUGAUUCCGACUUUGGCCUCGGCACGGAUGUCAUGAAGAUCGAGUACAGUGGUGGCAAAUCCCUGGCGGAAUUCUUUCGCCUGAUGAAGAGCAAGUUUUCGGCCCAGGAAUGGAGCUAUAUUGCCAGACCCCUGCUUGAUGAACGGGAGCAAGUGAAGGCCUUCAUGCGACACUGGUGCCUGAAGGAGGCCUACGUCAAGGAGCUGGGCGUAGGCAUCACGGUGGAUCUGGAAAAGAUCAGCUUUUCCGUGGACACCACUCACUCCCUGGAGGCGGAGGUUUCCCCUUUAGUCGGCACCAGCCUGCGUUGCCACGACAAACCCAUGGAUAACUGGCGCUUCGAGGAGCAUUUACUACAGGAAGAAUACUGUGCGGCCAUUGCUUUCCGGAAUUGUUUGCCACAGGACCAUGGAAGAUUUAAGGUCCUUCAAGUUGAGGAACUGCUUGUUAAGAGUCCGGAAUCAGAGCUGGAGGAAGUGCUGAGCUACUGCCAAAAGGCUCUACUUAAGCCAUAUAAGCGAACCUAAAAUAAUGCUUUUUGAGGAAUUUCUUGUAAAAAGGGAAUGUGGUGGCCCUAGGUUCUAAUUGAGCCAUCCAUCCUAUAUCCAAUAAUUGAUUUGUUAUCCUUAGAAUAAACAUGCAUUUAUAUUUUUUCAA